CAAGGAACCCUACAGUAUAAAAGAAGGCCAAACAGUCUAGGGCUUCAUUGAUAUACGGUGCGGCGGCGACAUCGAAGUCAUCUUCGUUUCUAGCGCUUACGGAACUCUGCUACCUCAAUCUCGCAUUUGGAGAUCAUUUUCUCACACGCACCAUGGGGAAGACACGUGGUAUGGGAGCGGGGCGCAAGUUGAAGUCCCACCGUAGAAGGCAAAGGUGGGCUGACAAAUCCUACAAGAAAUCCCAUCUUGGGAAUGAAUGGAAGAAGCCAUUUGCCGGAUCUUCCCAUGCAAAAGGCAUUGUUCUAGAAAAGAUUGGUAUUGAGGCUAAGCAGCCUAACUCUGCUAUUAGGAAGUGUGCAAGAGUUCAGCUUAUUAAAAACGGGAAGAAGAUUGCUGCCUUCGUCCCGAACGACGGGUGUUUGAACUAUAUUGAAGAGAACGACGAGGUUCUCAUUGCUGGAUUCGGUAGAAAAGGACAUGCUGUGGGUGAUAUUCCUGGAGUCAGAUUCAAGGUGGUGAAAGUGUCGGGUGUAUCUUUGCUGGCUCUCUUCAAGGAAAAGAAGGAGAAGCCGAGGUCUUGAGCUUUUCUUGGUUUUCCAAGAUUGAUUUUGUCUCUAUUUUGUUCAAAUCUGGCGAGAGGCAAGUAAUGAACCAUUGUCACUCUUCCUCUUUAUCAUAACUAGUUAAGUGAUUACAUGGGUCGCCUGAUGGGAACUUUUGUGCUUCAAUGCUAAUAAUAUAGUUGAGACUCAAUACAAGCAUUACUAUUUUUUUUUUUGCAGUCA